GCGCACCACGCUGUCUGAGGAGUGGGCAGGCGGUGGAGGAACGCCCCCUUCGGAGCCGAGCGAACUGCAGGAGCUGGAGCCGAAGCCUCGGGGCUGCGCGGGGGUCCCGCCACGGUCGCUAUGGAACGUGUGUGGGAGGAGCUGACCCUCGCCUUCUCCCGGAUCUCCAUGUUCCCCUUUUUCGACAUCGCCCACUACCUGGUGUCUGUGAUGACGCUGAGGCAGCAGCUCGGUGCUGUUACAGUGGCAUGGCAGAAUCCUUUAGCAAGCUGGUUUAGUGCCAUGCUGUACUGCUUUGGAGGGGGAAUUUUGUCCUGCAUUCUGCUUGGAGAGGCACCAACAAAAUUCCUUGAAAAUAGCACUAAUGUCUUAUUGGCAUCUUCAAUCUGGUAUAUUGUAUUUUAUUGUCCAUAUGACAUAGUUUGCGAGUGCUAUUGUUUCCCGCCUGUUCAACUCAUGGCUGUAGGAAUGAAGGAAGUGACCAGAACUUGGAAAAUCACAGGUGGAAUCACACAUGCUAGUAGCAAUUACACAGAUGCCUGGAUGGUGUUGGUAGCUAUUGGAUGGGCCCGAGGUGCUGGUGGUAAUGUAAUCAUAAGUCUGGAGCAGUUGCUAAGAGGGACUUGGAAACCUGAAACUGGCAAAUUGCUGGAGAUGUCCUACCCUGUGAAGAUAACUCUGGUGGGGGCAGUUCUCUUUACAUUGCAGCAUGCAGAGAAGCUGCCAAUGGAAAAACAUAGUCUUAUGUUUUGCUAUACAUUUUUUAUCGUUUUCACAAAGAUAACCAUGAUGUUAACCGAGUGCAACUCCUCUCCCCUCACUCCUUUUGAGAUCAUAUUGGGUCGAUUGCUGUUUGGCUUACGGCAGCACGAGGCUUCAGCAUUAUUGAGAAAUACUUUGAAAUCAUCUUUCAAUGGUACAAGCACAAGCUCAAAGCCGGGUUCAACCAGUAAUGAAAAUAAGAAGAAACAUAAUAAGAAGACAGAAUAAAUUCACUUGGCGAACUCUAGGUUGCCAAAAACAUUUUCUUACUUGUUUGCCUAGCAAAUUGUGACAAACAUUUCUGUUGUUAAUGAUGUGAGGUAAGGAUGAUGUUUAAGGCAAUACAGGUGACAAAAAGGAAGUAUUGCCUUCUGCUUGAGAGGCAUACUGCUAGCCCUUUCAAAGUGGCAUUGUAGAUUGUAAUUUCUUGGAUGCUAUGAGUGUAUCAUGUAAGAAUGUUUUUCUAAGUUAAAUAUAAAAGAUUCUAUUGUGAUCAUUUUUAAUAGUUUUGUAUUGGUGAGAUAUGGCUAGCAUUUUUACAAGCAUUAGGAAAAUAAACCUAAAAGAUGGUUACAAUAUAACAAAAAAUAAAUGUUUUCAUUUUCUCUUAGCAUUGCUCAUGUACCUUUUUUAUUUGCACAUGAAGUGUACCUUCAGUUUGCACUGCUAAUUAUCUUCUAUAAUUUAAAGGUGUGAAAGCUUGUCAACCAUUUAAUCUGAGCAAUGAAGAGGGAGAAUAAAACUUUAUUAAGGUAUUUCACAUUAUGAGUGAAACUAUAUUACCAGUUUGUUUCAGAUACAUUUUUCUAUCUCUUGUCCAUAAAAUGUAUCUGAAAUUUUAGAUAUUUAUAUUAUCGAGACUGGAUAUUAGUAAUGUGAACUCCCUAACUAAAAUCUACCUUCUCUUUUAAAAAAAGACACUUAUUUUUUUCUUCCAAAAUAAAUCAGGGAUUUAAUUUUUCAUUAACUAUUAAUCUCCUAUUUUCCACUCUAAAAAUUUGUUCCUCCUUUUCUUUUAUAAAGGACAUUUGUACUAUCUGUAGGAGAAAUCAUUAAUUGUUAUUAACAUUUCACAUAACUAAGGACAAAGAAAGGCUAAAGAAUUUAAGCUGAGUACUUUGUGGUAGUUGUUAUCUUAAAGGAAUUAUCCCAAUCCUUACAUACAUCCUAUUUUCAAAAUAGCAGUACAAAAAAUCCCUUUUAGAUAUUCUUUUCUGUUGUGGCCUUUUUAUAUUUAGUUGAAUGUUCCUUACUAUCUGUUUCCAAAACCAGUUUUCAUGAGUUGAGUAUUAAUAAUAUACAGGUAAAUAUAUGAUUUAAAUUAAAAUGAGUUACCUCCGUGUGAAAAUGUAGCACACCCCUCUCUGAUAUCAGUUAUUUUUUUUAAGUAGUUCUUGGAUUUGGGGUUAUAACCAAAUACCCAAACAGAAACAAUAAAAACACAUAGUAAUUCAUUUGAACACAGAAUAAUGGCAUUAAAUCUAAUUCCUUUUUGGAAAUAUUUUUUUAAAGUAAUGUUAGAUUUCUAAUGCUUUAUACUGCAGUUUUAAGUGCCAGUUAACACUUUGAGGCUUAGUGAUGUGGUUUCAUCUCCUAAGACUAUGUACCUAUUGCUACCAGAGGAUUAACAAGUAGUAUUUUUGGAUGGUUCAGGAGCAUUAAAAUUCCAUCCAAGUAACUGGUUUACAGAUAGCCAGAAUGUUUUAUUAUCAAGAUAUAAACACAACAGGCACUUGCAAGAGAACAACAUGGCUUUUUGAUAUGUAUCUAAUGGUAAGAAAUAUAUUUUUAAUAUUGUGAUUUUAAAAAGACACUGAGUAAGAGUCCUGUAUGACAUUUGAUACUCUUUGUAUUUUAACAUUUCAUAGUAAUACAAAAGAUCUAAUUGUCAGCCUAAAUAACCUGGUCAUUUUUAUACCAAGUUAGUGUGUGACAAAGUGUUAAAAAUUAUUCUUGAAGUUUGCAAAAUUACUGUAGCUGAAACAGACAAUGUGCUAUUUUAUGUUUGUAUUAGAUACAGACUUUUUACCAUUAAAGUAAUUUAUUCAUCA